CUACCAUCUUAUAUAAUAUUCAAAGCUACUUUAAAAUUCUCAACAUCAUAUACCAUGUCGAUCACAAUAGUUUUGGCUUCUCAAAAUUCAAUUACUAAGUUAAAUUUGCACCAAACCCUAAUUCAUAGAUCUCAUGUCAACCUUCCAUUCAAUCCCAUUUCUGGUUUUCCGAUCACCGAACCCACCGUGACUCCGCUAUCAACCACCGGCGUCAGACGGAACUCCAUGAUCGUUUACGCCAACGUCGAACCCGCGGGUAAACCAUCACCUCCGUCUGGUUCUUCUGGAUCUUGGAAAAAUUGGGUUAUUGGAAUUUUGAUGACAUUUAUUGUACCGUCUUUUACUACUAAAGGUGGUCCAAUUAAGUUGCUUAUACAGAGAGUUGACCAGAUAAUGGACACGGCGGAGCAUAUAACGGAGGUGGUGGAAGCGGUGGCGGAUAAGGUGGACAAGGUGGUGGAAGAACUCGGUGAUGAGCUUCCAGAAGGUAGUGAAAUCAAGAAGACACUUGAUUUUAUCGAAAAUAUAGCUGAAAGAGUUGAAAGAGAUGCCCAGACCGCCGGCGAUUUCAUAGACAAGGUUCAAGAGAUGGAAGACAAGAUAGAGGAAAUAAUGGAACCUAUAUUGGAGGAAGCUAAGACAGUUGAUAGAGAAACCAAGGAAAAGGAAAAGAAAAAAAAACUAUAGAAUAUGAACACCUGUAAAAAGAAUCAACCAGUGACCUGAAGAGUUCUUUCUACGUCUUACGUAUGAUUGUUUACAUGUCAACCGAUUCUUAGUUGUUGAGUCUUGUGACUUUUCAGUGAUGGCACUCGCGUGUUACGUAGCUAUUAGUGCGUAGAUGUAUCAUGGUUUGUUACAUGUUUAAUGUGUAACAGUAUCGUAGCCAAAAGUAUUUUAACUCAAAAUCAAAGGUGAUGAGAAAAUUAAAUGGUUAGUUUAGCAAAUAAAAAUUUCAUUUCAAUAA